AAAGAUUUGUAAGCUUUAUCUUGAAAAAAGAUUUAAUAAAAGAUGCAUCUGCCGUUUCUAAUUUCGAAGUGAAGCAUAAAAGAAAAGCGCUAAAUAUUAUUGAUACUUGGAAGCAAUGGACCGCUCCGGUAAAAGAAGGAUCAAGAAUGAAAUACGAAUUGAAUCAAAUAUAUCAAAAGCUUGAGAAGCAAAGCAGGAAAUCAGCGCAACAAAAAAUUCCGCAACUCAAGUAG